AUGAUUAGAUCGCCAUUGCCAUCUCUCGACUGCUCGUCACCGGACGAUGCGAGUAAUCGAGCAGCAGCACGAAUCUCCAGGCACAUCGCCUUCCUCCGUCUCCCACCUCCCGACGCUUAUCCUCCUCCCCACCGUCGAGCAGGCCAGCGCUUAGUUAAACCCGCCUUCUCCCUCCACUACCUUCCCCACCCAAAUGCUCCUCUCAUUCUCCCCGCACUUUUCUCCUCUCCUCAUCUCCUUGCCCUCGACUUCCGCCUGCAAACCCCACGCCCGCCUCCGUCCCGUCCACGCCUCCGCCUCAGCGUCCACCUCGCCGGAGCUGCUCGGCAAGUCCGCGCUCCGCCGCAUCUCCGACAAGCUCCGUAGCCUCGGCUACCUCGAGACCGUCUCCGAGCCCCCCACUCCGGCCCCGAACAAGAGCGGGGACGCCCCCUCCCCCGGCGAGAUAUUCGUGCCCACCCCGGCCCAGCUUCCGCGCCACCGCGUCGGCUCCACCCUAGACCCGAGCUGGGCCACGGGCGACGGUGAGGCUAGCUCCACCUCGCGGCAGCGGCGGAGGGGCCGCGGGCGCGAUGCGUCGGGGUCACCUUCGGCGCCGCCGUCCGCGGCGGAGUUGGCGCUACCGCGGGACGAACUGCGACGGCUGCAGGGGAUCGGAAUCAGGGUGAGGAAGCGGCUUAAGGUGGGGAAGGCGGGCAUCACCGAGGGGAUCGUAAAUGGGAUACACGAGCGGUGGCGGAACGCGGAAGUCGUGAAGCUCAGGUGCGAGGAUGUCUGGGCUAUGAACAUGAGGCGCACACACGAGAUUCUCGAGAGGAAAACUGGAGGCUUGGUCAUUUGGAGAUCUGGGAGUACCAUCAUAUUGUACAGAGGAACCAACUAUACGUAUCCUUACUUCCAUCACAGCGAAAGGGUGGAUAGUUUUCUCGACAAAGAAUCAUCAGAUCAGAGCAAUUCUGGGGACGAGGAUGAGACUAGUUCACAGCAUGGUAGCAGUCAUGAGAAGAGUAGUGAGAAUCCUGUUGUAGCAUGCGCAGAACAGAUUCAUGUUGGAGAGGGGAACAGUCAGACUAUAGAAUAUUUGAAUCAGAGCUUAAGCAGAGAGAAAGAUACAAAUCACCCGGUAUCAUCUAUCAAACGGCUUGUUUUUGAUGCAGAUGAGGGAAAUUUAGACAUUAGAGCUGGAAAUCCAAACGAGCAGCAUGUGAGAUUGCAGGAAAACACUCAUCCUGAUAGUCCUAAUAAGUUUGGUCCUAGAGAUCGCUCAUCCUUAGUGGCUGGUGUUGGAUCUCAAAAUAAGUUUCGAUUACAGUUGCCUGGGGAGGUCAAACUUGCAGAGGAAGCGGAUAAAUUACUGGAUGGGUUGGGUCCAAGGUUUUCUGGUUGGUGGGGAUAUGAUCCUGUUCCGGUGGAUGCUGAUCUGUUGCCAGCUAUUGUGCCAGGAUACCGUAGGCCUUUUCGCCUGCUUCCUUCCGGUGUGCCGCCUAAGCUAACAGACAGGGAAAUGACUAUCCUUAGGAGACUAGCUCAUGCCUUGCCCUUCCACUAUGCACUCGGAAGAAGCAGCAACCUUCAAGGAUUGGCUGCAUCCAUGAUCAAGCUAUGGGAAAGAUGCGAGGUAGCAAAGAUUGCACUCAAGAGAGAUGCACACAACACUGACAGUGAGCUCAUAACUGAAGAAGUAAAGGAGUUGACAGGUGGAACCCUAUUAUCAAGGGAUAAGGAGUCGAUUGUAUUCUACAGAGGGAAAGAUUUCCUCCCCCCAGCUGUCUCUCUGGCAAUAGAAAAACGCAGAAAGCUGGGCAGUUCUACAAUCUACAAGGCCAAGCCUGGCAUUGAAGAAAGCAUGCCUACUCAAAAUGACUCUGUACUGAAGGUAUCAAGUGAUGUCUCGGUACACGUUCGUGAAGAGGGAACUUCUGUCACAGAGAAUAGAGCUGAAUCUCUUAAUACUGUUGCGAAGGAUGUUGAAACCAGAUUAUCUCAGGCCAUAGCAGAGAAAGCAAAAGCUGAAAAACUUAUUGAAGAACUAGAAAAGGCAUCUCCGCUUUCAAAGGCUGAAGUUAGAGAGACUAUAUCAGAAGAUGAGAGGUACAUGUUGAGGAAAGUUGGAUUGAAGAUGAAACAAUUUCUGCUGCUAGGUCGGAGGGGAGUUUUUGACGGAACUAUUGAAAAUAUGCAUCUUCAUUGGAAGUAUCGAGAACUUGUGAAGAUUAUAUGCAAAGAACACCGCCUUGAAGAUGUGGAAUACGCUGCUCGAACUCUAGAGGCAGAGAGUGGCGGUAUUUUGGUGGCAGUGGAAAAAGUGAGCAAAGGGCAUGCUAUAAUAGUAUAUAGGGGAAAGAACUACAAGAGACCAUCAAAACUCAGGCCAAAAACUUUGUUGAGUAAAAGGGAUGCUUUGAAGCGUUCCCUGGAAAACCAACGUUGUAAGUCCCUUAAGGUUCAUGUACUUAAGCUGUCAAAGAACAUUGACUACUUGAGGGAUCAGAUGAAUUCCAGCUACUAUCACAAGGACAUGCAUGAUCCUAGUGUCAACUCUGUAACACUACAGCAGCAAGACGAAGAAAUGCCUGAAGUUGCUCCCAUGAGUUCAGAGCCUGAGGUUGAGAAGUGGACAUCAGUUGAGAUUGAUAGAGCCUUAGAUUUAACAAAGUCUGGAGUCCCUGUGGAAGAUAUGCAGAGCAAAGUCUGUUUCAACAAGCUUGAAGAUGAUUCUUCUGCGACUGCAGGUCCAUGUCUGACUGGGAGUUCAAUUGCAGCUUCAUCCUAUAAUCUGAUCAGACAUCAAAACCAACGUAGCUCUACUGUGACAUCCAGUCCUGAUGGUCGCUACGAAGGUGCACCUUCAAAAGUCGUGGAUGCGCCAAAAUUGGAUGCGGAAUCUCUUUCUGUAUCGCCUUUGAGAGCCGCACCGCUCUCGAAUCAAGAAAGGCUUGUGCUAAGGAAGCAAGCCCUUCAAAUGAAGAAAAGACCUGUACUUUCCAUAGGGAGGAACAAUGCCAUCACCGGAGUUGCAAAAACCAUAAAAACGCACUUCAAGAAGCACCCUCUUGCUAUCGUGAACAUCAAGAACAGAGCGGACGGGACUCCGAUUCAGCAGCUGAUAUCGGAACUCGAGGAGGCGACAGGAUCGGUGCUAGUGUCACGAGAAACCAACAAAGUGAUCUUGUACAGAGGCUGGGGCGCAGAAGUGGCCCAGAAAAGCUCAAGGGAAAGUAGCACAGACGAGGGCGAAAAGGAGGUCAUAUCACCUCAGCUCCUUGAAGCUAUCAGGUUAGAGUGUGGACUGCUCCCUGCCGAUUCGGGAUAGUUGGUCCGGAUAACCUUCCCCCACAGAUCCCGUGUUUCGAAAGGAUCGUACAAUGAUUGCCCGCGGAUAGAUCCGAAGCUGCAUAAACGCACGCAAGGUGUGAAACCCUCCCUGCUCACGGGCAUAGUUGUAAGAGAAGAACAGGGGCGGCGGCAGGGGUAUUCUUAGGUAUUCCAUGGGAUGCCCUUUUUUGUGAAAGAAAAGAAUAUGUAUUGUCUAUACUAAAAUAUUUAGUUCUCCUAGUGUUACUGGCUCUCGCUGUUCUGGGGGAAA